UGUGGGCUGGAUGUGUGAUUGUGUGUGUGUUCCCUGCCCGUGGUGUGUGUUUCUCUCGAGGGGCGAGCGUCUCAUCAUGUGUGAACAUGAAACCCGGCCACAUCAGCUCCUUCCCACAACACACACACACACACCCCACCGUCACCGUACACACCAGCCGAUCAGUGUACCUGCCACAACACACACUCACAGUAACGGUUCAGAGUUCCCGGGCGUUUAUGGGGUUUCUGCUGCAGGCUCGCUCUGUUCUGGAGGACCGUGUGAUCAGCGGUGAGUUCACGCUCCACCCUCCCAGCACACACACACUGUCCUGCCUCAGCCCGGACGACACCGUCACACACUCGGACAAGAUGCUCAAGAGGAACCUGUCCUUCAGCUGGAGAGCCCCGACACACCCCAGCGGAGACCUGCGCUUUUACAUCACGCUGGUUCAGUCCUAUUUUGUGUACUGGUCUCGAAUAAGAUCGGCAGUGGUGCAUGAUGGGACACGUAGUUCUCAGAUCACUAACAGCGUUACAGGACAACCGAUGGCGAGCACGAUAGCCUCAUUACUGGAAAAAACAGGCAAACACACAUCCCUGUCUGCACACACUAACACAUCUACACAUGCUAACGCACACACCAACACACACUCAACACACAACACACACAUAUUCACAUCUACACACAAUAACAAUUAUGCACCACAUAACAUACACACUAACAAUCAUGCAACACAUAACACACAGAUAAUCGCAUCUACACACACUAACACACACACCAACACACACUCAACACACAACACACACACAACCCCAUCUACACAUGUUAACACACCCACCAACACACACUCAUCACACAACACACACAUAAUCGCAUCUACAAACACUAACACACACACAACACACAACACACACACAACCCCAUCUACACAUGUUAACACACCCACCAACACACACUCAUCACACAACACACACACAAUCACAUCUAAACACACUAACACAUCUGUACCACAUAACACACACACCAACACACAAUCGUUAAAUGCACCACAUAACACACACUCAACACACAACACACACACCGACACACACUCAACACACACAAACACACACUCAAUUCAUAACACACAAACAACUCCAUCUUUUAACACACAAACAAUCACACAAUCAUCAAAUGCCACUCAAACACCUCUGUCCUCAUCUAAACAAGCUUUCCUAAACACAUCUUCAUCUCAGAGCAUCUCAACACAUAACACAGACACACCAACACCAAAUAACACACACAAAACCUCUGCUAACACACACACCAUCCCAAAUCCACUGUUACAGACUCUUGCAUCUCUUCAGAUGACAACGCAACAAACACACACCUACACACCUCCAGUACACACUCAUAACACACAGUUCUUCACUGCAUCUCUCCAUCCCGAACCCUCACCGGCUCCGCGACAAGCCCUUUCCGACUUCUUCUCAUCCAGGGAGCCCACAGAGGGCGCCGUCUCCCUGACCCAGCGCAAAAAACACCCAUUUGGAGAUGUUCUCAAUCGCCCAAAACAGGCCAAAGACCCAUCUGGAGUCCCGGAGAGAGGCAUCGAGAGGCCGGAGCGCAUGCCCAGGCAGAGUGCAUUCGAGCUGGGUUUGCUGCUGGGCCUCUCAGCCGCACUCGGCAUGGCCAUCGCCGUGGGGCUCCGGUACCUGCAGAGGAAACACUGUCGCAAACGUACAGCUGUGUCACUAAACAACUGUAACCAUGACGACAGAGGCAUCAUCCACGUGCAGGAGUGCGGAGACCUGGUGCAGGUGCGGAAAAUACGACAAAACAGUUUCCUGGUGCUGCAGGCUGAGUACAACCUAAUCACACCGACCGGGAACUGAACACGUGCACGAUUAGUGUUUUUGAAAGAAAUCACAAACUACAGUAAACUACAGUAAAAACAGUAAUAUUGUGAAAUAUUUUUUACCAUUUAAACUGUUUCUAUUUGAGUAUAUUUUAAAAUGUAAUAUAUCUUUAAAAAUUUCUGGCUAGGACAUGAUAAUAACAUGAUAAAACAUCCUAGCAACCACCCAGAAUACCCUAGCAACUGUAUAGAAUUAGCAUAGCAACCACAUCGAACACCCUAGCAACUGUGUUGCAUUACCUUAGCAACCACCAGAACACCCUGGCAACUGUGUAGAAUUACCUUAGCAACCACCCAGAACACCCUGGCAGC